CAUAACUGCAGAUCUGAAGGAGUGCUUGGAGCAGUCUCGCGCGAGACUUUCCGUUCUCAUUGAUAAGAUGGACGAUACCGAAUUUCAAGACAAUUUCGGCGCGCUAGAUGCGUUGCGGCUUUGCGAGCUUUACGUGGAUGUCCAUCAGGUGGUACCAGGGGAGCGCCUGACUCACGACGUGAAGUCCCUGUGGCGCGACAUCUGGGAUCUGCUCGCGAAGCUGGUCCAAGCCUAUCAUGCCGAACAGGGCUGGACGAGGCCGCCACGGAGGAUGCUUGCCGAUGCUGGGGAGGGUUGGACUAUGUCGAACCCUAGCCAGGAUACGUCGCAGACAUCUCCCGAAACCUUGUACUCUGAGGACCAAGAUUUGGCGAGGUCGUGCCUUGGGAUGAUGCAGUCCGACACGGAGGCACCCGGCGACCUGAUCCUUGCGCUGGAAUGUUUUGUUCCGCCGGACAUGCAGAGCUAACUACGGUCGCGCGUCGCCGUAUACCAAUGAUCUUGUAUGCUAGUCUCAGAGUAAUUUCAUCUUCGUAUAAGCGAGUGUAUGGUAGCAACAUCAUGCAUUACAUCCUGUUAGGACCGUU